AUGGAGAGGGAGAGACAGAGAGAGAGAACGAAAGCACAAUCAGCCACGCAGAUUCUCAUAAUGUUUGGAAACCUACUUGUAAUAAUCUCCAUUGUUUACUUCAAACAGCUCCACACUCCUACAAACUACCUGAUGCUCUCUCUGGCUGUGGCUGACCUGCUAGUUGGACUUUUAGUUUUGCCUUUCAGUGUCGUGCUCUUUGUGAGGUCAUACUGGUCUGGUCAAGACUUGCUCUACAGAUAUUAUGCAGUGUGUCAUCCUCUGACUUAUAGAGUUAAAAUUAAUAGCCGCAUUGUUCGUAUCAUGAUCCUGGUGUCCUGGACUGUUUCUGUUCUCAUUGGAGUUGGUCUCGGACUGUCACCGAACCAAAACCAAACGAGGUGUACUUUAUUUCAAAAUAAGUCACAGAGGUCAUCAGUCAUGGGAGCCAUGUUUACAUUUUUUAUUCCAGCCUUGAUAAUGUCUUCAGUCUACUUAAAGAUUUUGAUGGUGGCACAGAAACAGGCACGCAGCAUCCAGAAAACAACCAAGUCUGGUUCAACUGUCAGUAAAAUGGAGAGAAAGGCGACUAAAACUCUGGCUAUUGUGAUGGGGGUUUUUCUGAUGAGUUGGACGCCUUUCUUUCUGUGCGUCAACCUAAAUCCUGUGAGCAACUACACAAUACCACUUCAUGUAGUACAAGCAUUCAAGUUACUCGGAUGGUCAAAUUCAAUGCUGAAUCCAUGUGUUUAUGCUUUCUUUUACAGCUGGUUUCGAUCAGCUUUUAGGAUGAUCAUUACGGGGAAAAUAUUUCAAGAUGACAUUUCUAAUUGUAAACUGUCUUGA